AAGCGAAGAAAAUCAUAGAAAGAGACCUAUUUACAAAGCGAUAAAAAGCUACAUCGAGUGUGAGAGUGCAGAAACACGCAAGUUUACAACCACUUAUACGUAGAGUAUUUGUGUGUGUUCACGAGUGUUUUCGACCACUUGAUCGCUCAUCACUUCUCCGGUUUGUCCCUCACUAACACCGAGGGCAUCACCGUUGAGAGGCGUCGACAGACUGGAAGUCAGCGUUCGUAGUGACAGUUUCUCUGAUCUGAUCAUCUAUCAGUUAAGGGAUUCGUCGCACUUCGCAGACGGAAAGUUCAUGGAGACGAUUUUACGCACUGAGGACGACAGUCCAAAAGUGUGUUUGCCCCUCACUAACACCGAGGGUGGCAUUACUAAGAGAGGCGUUGACAGGCUUGAAGUCAGCGUUUGGAGUGACAGUUUCCCUGAUCUGAUCAUCGAUCAGUCACGGGAUUCGUCGCACUUCGCAGACGGAAAGUUCAUGGAGACGUCACUUUUACGCACUGAGGACGACAGUCCAAAAGUGUGUUUGCCCCUCACUAACACCGAGGGUAGCAUUACUAAGAGAGGCGUUGACAGGCUUGAAGUCAGCGUUUGGAGUGACAGUUUCUCUGAUCUGAUCAUCUAUCAGUCACGGGAUUCGUCGCACUUCGCAGACGUAAAGUUCAUGGAGACGUCACUUUUACGCACUGAGGACGACAGUCCAAAAGUGUGUUUGCCCCUCACCAACACCGAGGGUGGCAAGUGUAGAGGAGCCCAUGGACAGGACGCCAGCGUUUCGAGUGAACAUUUCUCUGAUCUGAAAAACAUCCAGGGAUGGGAUUUGUUGUUCUCCGCUGACCACAUGUCCAUGGAGCCUUUUACUACACAUGCUGAGCCAAAAGCAUGUUUGUCCGACAUCCUCACUGAUGGCGACAUCUUUGAGAGGAGAGGAGUCGAUGGACCAGAAGUUGACGGUUGUAGUGACCGAUUCCUUGAUUUGACUAUCCAUCAGUCACAGGAUUCGUCACUCCCUGAGUACUCUCUGAGUCCAAAAGUAUGUUUGUCCCUCACUGACAUCGAGGUUGACAUUGGAGUAAAUGAAUUGGAAGUUGACAUUUGUAGUGACAGUUUCCCUGAUCCGAUUGACAUCGAUUCACGGGAUUUGUCACUCACUCCUGGUAACAGGCCAAUGGAUGUGUCACACACUGUGGACGACAGCCCAGAAGAGACCGUCCGCGAGAGCGAGUCCAAACAUGUGCGUUUGUGGAUCAGAGUGUAA